UGGAGGAAGGUGAGGCAUUAGUUCCAUCCAAGACACCAGUCAGCCCACAAGCCAGGUGCACAGAGAAUCAUGUGGAAGGUUGUAUUGCUAGUUAGCUUCGCGAGUGCUGUUCUGCAGACAGCAGAGGCGCAGAGCUUACCCUUCCCGGGCUUCAUCUCCGGCGAGAGUGUCAGGGCCAAACCACCCACAGGGGACGGCCAAGCCAAUGACAUCUAUAUUCACCUGGAGAGGCCACCACAACUGAAAGAGAACCAGGUGGUGUUCUAUCCUAGCCACCUCGCCGGAUUCGGUUUUGAGAAGGCCAAGGACCCCGAGUCACCCGAGUUCCAGAUCCACGACGCCACCAAUGAGAACCUUAGGCAAAGUGACAAGCACAGUAAGCACCAUCAUAACUAGCACUCACACGAUGACCACCAGCACCAGAGCAACAAGGGCAGUAGCGGCGGCAGUGACAAAAAACUCAGAGCCACUGCCCCUGCACAGGAGGUUAUUAACGUCCCUCUAACUUCCCCUACCCCUGUCCUUCAUCCACGACCCAGCUACCCCCCCCUCCCCCUCCCCAGUUCCCAGUAAAAUCACAUCGUCUCUCUCCCAGUUCUUACCCUCCCCCGCCUCCCCCUUCAUCCUACAACGAUUACCCUUCUCCUCCUCAUCCUGGGCACUACCCCAACCGUUCCCUGGCUUAUCCUCCUCGCUACUCCCGCUAAGGAUAAUCUCUAACAUCCUCCACCUACACUCCCUUUUGUAAAUAUCCCUCCAUGCCGAGUCCUGCUGACCCCUUUGACAAGUCCCGAGAAUAAAAUCUUUCAUAUGUGCUUUAGUCCCGGUGCUCCUUACCCCUUACCAUCCUUUCAGCCUCAAGCGUUAGAUAAAUCCUACGCUCCGUUUGCCCUUAUCCUUGCUAGUUUCUAAAUCAUAGCUGAUAUACUACAGCCUCAUCAUAGAGUCCGGUAUUCAAACGUCUUAUACCCAUUCUAGGAACCCGAGAAUGCUAUCUUCCAAUGCCCUCCCGAGGAAUCCAAAAUCUUUCCCUACCUCGCUCACUCAGAUGCCAUCCUAUGGAAGAAGUCAGUAUAGAAUCCUUCCACGUCAUCCUUGAACCCACCCUAAGCGUUAUCUUACCUAACCUAACCUAACCUUCCAGGAUAUUAUGCAUCCUUCGAGACUCUGAGUAUCAACGUCCAUCCAAGGACCUUCAUUACGUACAUCCUGCUUAUUUAUCCUCAAAUUCCUGGAAUAUUCUUGGUGUCCAUGCAAUCCUUCACUAUCCUCCUUCAAGCAUUCUUGCAACAUUUCCACCAUUCCUCAAGCACCCCAACCAUGCUCUCAUCCUCCAAGCAGUUCCACAACGCAUUCAUCUUCCAAGCAAUCUUACAAGACUCCAUCCUACCAGCACUUUAAUAAUGCAUUCGUCCUUCAAGUUUUCCUGCGAUGGGUGUAUCGUCCAAGCAACCUACGCCGCCGUCAUCCUUAAGGUUAUCCCAUAAGACCCUCAUCCUCCAAGUAAUAAUAGAAGGCCCCCAUCAUUCGUCAAACAAUCCUACAAGGCCUUCUAUCCUUCACCCAAUCCUACACCGAGCUCAUUCUUCAAACAAUCCUGCAACAACCCCAUCCUCCAAGCAAUUUAAGAACGCACACAUCCUUCAAGUUAUACUGUAAGAUCCCCAUCCUCCACAACACUUCCAUCAUCCUCCAAGCAAUCCUACAUGGCCCCCAUCGUCCUCCAAGCAGUCUUCGAGACCUCCAACACCCAAAUCAUCCUGCAACACCCCCCCUCAUCCUUCAUGUCAUCCUCAAUGGUUGGACCGGCAAGAAUAAGGGCAUACACAAGAGGGCAUUUUAUACUAUGUGAUAUUAAUAUUUACAAAUAUUUAUAAUAUGUAUACUAUGUCAAGAAUUAUGUACACAUGCACAUAAUGUAUAUUGUGGUAAUUUAUGAAUCUAAUAUACGGUGCUGAAAAAGGUGAAAAUCUUUAAAAAAAAUUAUAUAUAUCUUGUAUGAUAAACGUGUGAUUGUUUUCAUGAGUAGUCGCGCUGAGUGAAAGAAUGUCAUAAGUGUCGAAGUUCUAUUUAUACAAUAUGCACUAAUAAACCUUAGUGAAAAUA